AUGGCUACUCCUCCACCUGAAGGUAUCACCACUGUCUUGAAAACAGACAAGCCAGAGCAGCCGCCGACAGUGAAAGAUUUGGCAGUAGAUUCUACUGUUAAUAGAUCUCCAGAUUCUCUUUUCAAUGGAGAAUCGCAUACUGAGAAUACAGCUGCAACUACAACUGUCAACGGAACCGCUACAGAGGGAAAGGGAGAAUCGAUCCCAGCUGUAAACGGACAUGCGACUAAUCAGCCUUCGCUCACGAACGGAGCGAGUAGUCCGGCAGCCAAGGUUUCGACGCCACCCGUUAAUUCAAUAAAUCCGUCCGUCGAGUUACCGAAGCCGGAAGACACAAGUGAGAAGAAGGAAUCAGAUACCACGCCACUUCCUACAUUUAAAGGCGAAGAGGAUUUGAAACCAUCGCAGCCCGAAGAGGCCUUGCCAAAGGAGGAAUCCAAGGAUAUUCCAAUGAGAGAUGCGACUGAACUGCAACAAAAUGACGGAGCGACCACCAUCGUCACCGAUCAAGUGAAGGAUUCGGCUCCUAUCAAGGAGUCGCCGAAGCCCGCACUUCCUCCUGCCGAUGUAGACAUGGAAGACGCUCCUCUGUCUCCCACGAAGGUUUCGCGAGAGCGGGAGUUAGAUCUUGAAGAAGAGCCCGCUGCGAAGCGCGCGAAAGUGGAUGGCGAUGUGACCGAAAGUUUGAAUACUUCCGCGCCGACGCAGAAUUUGCCACCUGCUAAAUCCAUUGAAACCUCUACUGGCAUCACCUCUCUGCAGCACAAAUUCCUAGUUAAGUCCCUGACAAGCCUCAAGCGGUCGAACGAUUCACGAUUUUAUCGGGAACCGGUCGAUCCCUUGAAGCUGAAUAUUCCAAGCUACUUCACUGUUAUAACUGAACCGAUGGAUCUGUCGACGAUCGAGGCUAAGUUAAAGAAGGGUCAAUAUACCGCAGUUGCGGAUAUUGUUUCUGAUGUCGAAUUGAUGACUUCGAAUGCCGUCAGAUUCAACGGUCCGGAUCAUAUCGUCUCCCAGGAAGGUCAAAGACUGAAAGGCUUGUUUCAUAAGCAGUUGGAAAAGCUUCCGAAGCCCGACGAAGUGGAAGAAAAGAAGCCCAAAAAGUCUGCUGCACUACCGAAAGAGCCCGCUCCGCGUCGCGAACCCAGGGUUAACGCUCAGCCUGCUCCCAAGCAACAGAACAACGCCUCUUCCCCCACUUUCGCAUUGAACCCCGAGGGCCUGCCAACCAUUCGCCGUGAUUCUACGAAUCCUGACGGACGUCCAAAGCGUGCUAUUCAUGCACCAAAACGUGACUUGCUCUAUUCUGCGAAGCCGAAGAAGAAGAAGUUUCAAUGGGAGCUCAAGUUCUGCCAGGAGAUCUUGGAUGAGCUGCACAAGCCCAAAUACUGGGCUAUAGCGAGCCCAUUCUACUUUCCUGUCGAUCCUGUUGCUUUGAACAUCCCAACUUACCAUAGCGUUAUCAAGAAACCAAUGGACCUGUCUACCGUUCAGACUAAGUUGAAGGCUGGCCAGUACGAAAAUGCAAAGGAAAUGGAGUCGGAUAUACUACAAAUGUUCAAGAAUUGUUUCAAGUUCAACAUCCCUGGAGAUCCAACUUAUCAAGCAGGGCAAAAGUUUGAAGAAAUCUUCAAGGCCAAAUGGGCCGCAAAGACCCGAUGGCUUGAACAACACGAUCCAGACACCCAUAAUCAGAGUGGUUCUUCAGAGGAAGACAGCGAUGAAGAAGAGAGUGAGGAUGACGCGGACCAAGAGAAACUGCAAGCCCUUCAAAGGCAGAUUGCUGAAAUGUCUAAGCAAGUUGAAGCUAUCACCCAGAAGAAAAAGAAAACCCCCCCUGUUUCUAAAAAAUCUGGAAAGUCAAAGUCUGGCAAAAAGGAAUUCAAAAAGAGUUCUAAAGGCGACAAAAGGUCGAAAAGCAGCAAGUCUGAGAAGCGUCACAUCACGUAUCAAGAGAAGCAGCUUAUUUCUAAUGGGAUUAGCACUCUAUCCGAUAAAAAGAUGCAGGAGGCCCUCAGAAUUAUCCAGAACAAUGUCCCGUCCCUCAAGGGUACUCAAGAGACGGAGAUUGAGCUUGACAUUGACGAACUGCCAAAUGAGGUAUUAUUGAUGUUGCUCAAGUUUGUGAAGAAGAAUACGCCGCAAGUUAUGGAGGAAGAGGACCAUUCUGCGCCAGUCUCGGCAACGGUUCAGUCCAAGCCGAAGAAAAACAAGCCCAUGAGCAAAUUCGAACAAGAAGCCCAGAUCAACAUGCUUGAAGGCAGUCUUUCCCGAUUCCAGGGUGGUGGUAAUGGUGGCACACGCUCACCAGAGCCAGUGCAUUCGGUUGAAGAUGCUGACAGCUCUGACGGUUCUGAUGAUGACGAUGACUCUGAGGAGAGUGAGGAGGAGUAA